AUGGCGGAACGGGCUCUCACCCAGGUGCUGGGUCAGCUCAAGCACUCGCCGUCGAUGAGCUACGACGAGGCAAACAAGCUCCUGUCCAAGGCCAAGCUUGCACUCCUGCGCCUGCAAGCCCUCACCCCCUCGCCAGCGCUCUCGACGGAGCUCCUGGCGGCAGCCCGCGAGACGUACGAGCAGGGCGCGCUCUUCGCCAUCCGCGCCCGCAACCCCGACGCCUUCACCCGCUACGUCCAGCAGCUGCAGCCCUUUUACGAGCUGCCCGCCGCGCGCCUCCCGCCCAACCUGCCCGAGCGCAACAAGGUCACCGGCCUCGGGCUGCUGCUGCUUCUCACUCAGGGUCGCUACGCCGAGUUCCACUCGGAGCUCGAGAGCCUCGCCAACAGGGACGGCGGCGGCACCGCGGGGGACGUCGAAGGCGACCGCUACCUGGGCUACCCCAUCCGGCUCGAGCGAUGGCUCAUGGAGGGCAGCUACGAUCGUCGUCUUUUCAGAGAUUCUAAAAAACCAGAUUCGCUCCGAGAUUGCCAGCAGCAGCGAGCGCGCAUACCCCAGCCUGCCCAUAAGCUCGACCAAGUCGCUCCUGUUCCUAGACUCUGA